CAUGCACACAUGCACACAAACACACACACUUGACUUAAAAUGCAUCAGUUGUUUUUUAUUAGACCUGUGAAAAUCCUCAACACAGAUCAAUUACUUCUAUUUCAGACAUGUGGCAGCUUCAGAAAAACUCUCUAAUAUCUGACCUCCAAUAACUAUCUGACUGAUCAGUUAUUCAGACAAUAAAGGUCCAAAUCGAUUACUCACAUUGUUUGGUCCCAGACAUUUCUCUGAUUCACCAAUAAAACAAAGAUACACAGAUCUCCUCCAGAAACAUGAAAUGUUAGUCAGAUGAUCCGCUGUCCGUGCUCACAGUUUGCUCUCUUCUCCUCAGCUGGAUGAUGGGAUAAGAGUCCGUUUCCACGGCAACAACUUCAUCUCCAACCCUCAUCCCUUGAUCCUGGGAGGCUGUGAAAAGUUGAUGAUUUGGGCCCGUUGUUCCAGAGAAAGGCGAUGGUCCUUUGUGUUUCACAACAGCACUAGCUAUAGAGAAAGGCUGACGAGGCAGCAGCCGCCGACACUGAAUGGACAGCAGGCGACAAAGGAGAAUAUUUCAGCUGACUCUCUCCCGGCUGAAAUGUGCACUGAACGCAGCAGCACAUGGGAUUUGAAGUGAAUUCAGGACACCAGCCUCUGUGAUAGAUCUAGUCAUGGAUUUGAGGUCAACACUUCUGGUCAUUGGAGGAUCCACGUGCUCUUUUAAACUGCUAAACACGAUUGUCAGAUCCCUGCCAACACCAGAGCCGGCACGCCAGAAAGCCUGGAAGUGGAGGAAUAUCAGCACGUCUUUAGUGCACAGCUCGCUGACAGGAGCGUGGGCUGUUUUAUGUUUCUACCUUGAACCCCGGAUGGUGGAGGACCUGAUCUCCUCUCACUCCUUACUCUCCCACAGCCUUGUAGCUGUGUCUUCAGGUUAUUUCAUCCAUGACUUCUUGGACCUUGUCUUGAAUCAAUCAUUUAAACGGUCCUGGGAGGUGCUUCUUCACCACUCUGCGGUGCUCUCGUGCUUCAGUUUGGCUGUGACGUCCCGCCGUUAUUUGGGCUUCGCUGUGGUGUCUCUGCUGGUUGAGAUCAACUCUGUUUUCCUUCAUAUCAGACAGCUUCUCCUCCUGUCAGGAAAGAGGAACAGGCCGGGGACUGAAAGUACAACCCCCCGCCCCUCUGUGACCUACCGCAUGACCAGCUGGCUCAACCUGGGAACGUUUGCUGUGUUUCGUGUCUAUACAGUGGGUUGGAUGAGCCGCUGGCUGGCAGGUCACAGUGACCAUAUACCUCGCUACGCCCUGCUGAUGGGGACAGCAGGUCUGAGCCUCAUCUCCAUUAUGAACACAGUGCUUCUCUACAGACUGGUUAGAGCAGACAUCCUCUAAA